CCGUCCAUCGACGUAUUUUGUUGUUUUUCAAUUAAUGUGAAAAAUAGUCUCAGACUGAAAUAUCUAUUGUUGCGUUACUGCAAUCAUACGGUGCGGUUCAAAAUGACUUAGUGACUUAGUGAUCUGGUGGACCAAUUUUUAAUCGCGUUGAAAGCACAGCCACCGUGAAUUCGAUUUAAACUCUCAAUCAGACGACAGAAUUAGCUGUUUCGUUCAGCAAUCAUGGGUUUAUUUGAUAGCUUGGCAUCGAUGCUAAAGCUGAAGAAGGAGCAAAUAAACAUCUUGGUUGUUGGACUGAAUAAUAGCGGAAAAUCGACAAUCGUUAAUCAUUUCAAGGGUCCAGAGGAGAAAAGUUCGGUUACGGUUCCGACGGUUGGAUUCAGUGUGGAAAAAUUUCAAAAUCAAGGAGUGAAUUUCACUGCAUUCGACAUGUCCGGCGCUGUACGCUAUCGAAGUUUAUGGGAGCAUCAUUUCAAGUCGAGCCAAGGAAUCGUUUUCGUCAUCGAUUCAAGUGAUCGAAUGAGGCUAGUGGUUGUGAAAGAUGAGCUGGACACAUUACUACAUCAUCCAGACAUUCAAGAUCGAAAAGUUCCAAUUUUAUUGUUUGCUAACAAAAUGGACAAUCCAGAGGCGUUAUCGAGUGUGAAGAUAGCAGCAGCUUUAGGAUUAGAGAAGAUCAAGGACAAACCUUGGCAUAUAAGUUCCAGCAAUGCAUUAACGGGUGAUGGAUUGCAGGAUGGCGUUCAGUGGCUAGUUCAGCAAAUAAGGGAUAUUGUGACAACGUCCAGAGAAAGUAGAUCAAGAAAAUAAUUUUGAUUGUACGGGUGGUUUAGUACAAUGUAAAGUUAGACUGUACCCACU